AUGUUUGGGUUCUGUUGUAGAAGAUUGCAAUUACUAGUUCCAAGCAUUUCUGUUGAUUCUUCAGUGACCCAUUUUCAAAAGGCAUCUCCUUUUAGCACAUCAUAUUCGUCAUUAUCAUUCAUAGGGUCUGAAAUACAUGAUGAUAAACCAGAAGAUGGAAAACACCAAUCUUUUAUAGUUUCAUACUUGAUAAACUCAUUUGGGUUCUCCCCACAACUUGCUCUCUCUUUGUCCAAGAAGCGAGGAGUACACUUCAACUCCCCGAAACAACCAGAUUCGGUCAUUAAGCUUCUGAGAGACUAUGGAUUCAGUGAUACCCAUGUCUCUGAAAUUGUUAAGAAACGCCCAGACCUGCUCUCAUACAAUGCUCAAGAGACCAUAAUGCCCAAACUCGAGUUUUUCACUUCUGUUGGCAUAAGAGGCACUGCCCUUGCUCACAUCAUUUCCGGCAACCCAAAGUUUUUGACCUUUAGCUUAGAGGAAAAUCUCAGACCCUGUUAUGUUAUAAUCAGAAGUCUACCGAUCCCGGACAAAAUGGUGGGUCUUGUUCUUUCCAAAUUGUAUCAGGGAUUCACGGUCACUGCGCCAUUACUAAGCAAUAUUGCUCCCAAUAUUGCAUUUCUCAAGUCAGUUCAGGUGCCUGAAUCCUCGGUCAAUUUGUAUCUGAGCAUUACCCUUUUCGCAGUGUCACGGGAAACCCACAAGUGUAAGGAAAACGUGGAGAGGGUCAUCAGUAUGGGAAUAAGCCCCUCCUCAUCUAGCUUUAUGAAGGCCUUGUAUGUGAUAUCUGCGGUGGAUGGAUUGAAAUGGGUACAAAGGAUGGAAGUAUACAAGACCACAUUCGGUUGGACUGAAGAUGAUUUCUUCUUGGCAUUUAGAAAAAAUCCCAUGUUCAUGGGAAUGUCAGAGAAGAUAGUUUUAAGUAAAAUUGAUUUUCUUGUCAAGAGAAUGGGUUGGGAGCCUGCACUUGUAGGUGCAAGUCCGAGUGUUCUAACUUAUAGUUUGGAGAAGUGGACUAUACCUAGGUGUUCAGUUAUUAGAGUGCUCCUGUUGAAGGGCUUAAUAAUGAAGGGAGAGUUUUCUUUGGGUGGCACGGUGACUACCAGUAAGAGUUACUUCUUGGAUAGGUUUGUGAUCAGAUAUCAAGAACAAGUACCUGAGUUGUUGAAUAUCUUUCAAGGGAAAAUGAGUAUUGUAGACGUUGGCUUAGGGUUUGAGGAAACAGGUGAAACAACAUGA